CGUCAUGCGAGAGGUGAGUCUGGAGAGGAGGUCUCCGCCGGGGGCCAGCUUCAUGACGAGGGUGAAUCAGUCGACGGGGCCGUUCCACGCGCUGCUCUGCGUGGGUCAGUUCUUCUCGCCCGAGGUCGCCGAGGAAGACAUCCCACCGCGAGAUGUGGCGGACUGUCUGGAAGGACGAGCCGACAUGCCCAUCCUGGCCUACUUCACCGGCGACUACGGCCCCACGGCGACCCGUCUUCUCUUGAAGGUCGCCGCCGACGCCAGAGGAUUCGUGCUUGCCGGCCGUCCUCUUCAAUCUCACGGUAUAUCUAUGGCUUACUUGUCAGGAAAGAGAGGGCUAGGAGGGCCUAGCUGCUACAGCCAGGAUGAUGAGCCUGGAAUUGUCGAUUUGUAA